UACUAUUUAUGGGUGAUUCAUCCACAUACUAACUAUAGCUUAUUUAUUAUUUUAUGAAGCAGGACCUCAGGACUUUGAGCCUGCCCUCAAGACAACAUUAAGUAACUCAGCACCAGGAAGCAAAAUCUACACAAGACAGAGGAACCACAGUGGUUUGAACUGGCCAUGGAGAUGCAUCUGGAGACCUAUUUGUCGCGCAUCGGGUUCGCUGGUCCAGUCGAGCCCAGCCUGGAGGUCCUGAGGUCGCUUCACACCAGUCACCUGUUCUCGGUGCCGUUUGAGAACCUCACGUUGCACAGCGGCGGACGAGUUCAACUCGACCUUCCUCUUCUCUACGACAAGAUCGUGAACCAGAGCCGAGGUGGUUUCUGCACCGAGAACAACGGUCUCUUCUCCUGGCUGCUGUCCAGACUGGGCUUCCAGGUGACAAUGCUCUCAGGCCAGGUGAAGAGUCGUUUAACGGGCUUCUACGGGCCACCUUUUGACCAUUUGGUCCUCAUGGUGAGGCUCGAUGGGCAGCGCUGGCUGUGCGACGUAGGGUACGGUGCCCCCUGCUUCAGUACCCCGCUUUCACUGGAGACCAGUGGCCUCCAGGAGCAGGGCCACCGGGUGUACCGCAUCAGAAAGGUGGAUGAGGGGAUGCACUUUCUGGAGUGGCAGGGGGAGGAGAACAAAGGGGUUGAUGGAGACUGGACACAGAUCUACAAGUUCACCCUUGAACCUCGGCGUCUGGAGGACUUUGCAGAGAUGUGCCAGUACCACCAGAGCUCCCCUUGCUCCCUCUUCUUCUGCAAGUCCCUCUGCACCAUACUAAGACCAGGUGGGACUUGGGUCGCCUAUCUGGGACGCAAACUCACCAGCACCACCAUUUCAACAAAGGGGACAGCGUUGGAAACCACAAUCAGGGAACUUAAAGAUGAGGAGAUACCUGGUGUUCUAGCAGAGGAAUUUGGAGUUGUGCUAAAUUCUCCACUCAUACCAAAGGAUGAGACAAUCACACCACCGACAGCCAUGUAUUGAUCAUUCAUUACACCUCCAAAAUUAUGCAUCUUCUCAUUGCAAACUGAUCAAAUAUGAAUCAAUAUUCUCUUACUGUAAUGCCUAUUUCUUGCCACAAAUGUUUUCAGAAACAU